AUGGCGAUUAGUCCGUUGGCGCAGCUCAAUGAGCGAACUAUUCCUUCCCCGUCGUCUUCAUUUCUACCGAAAUCGAUAUCCCAUUCGUUGCGUAGUAGCUGCGUCUGCGCAAGUACCGGAAUCAGUAAAUUCGGCGUCGGCUUCUCAAAACGAAGAAGCGAUUCCAAGUCCAAGCCGAUGCGGCUGAGAUGCUCCUUCUCUCCGAUGGAGUCCGCGAGAAUUAAGGUGAUUGGCGUCGGCGGUGGUGGUAACAAUGCCGUCAAUCGGAUGAUUUCCAGCGGCUUGCAGAGUGUUGAUUUCUAUGCGAUAAACACGGACUCUCAAGCUCUGUUGCAGUCAUCUGCAGAGAACCCGCUUCAAAUUGGAGAGCUUUUAACUCGUGGACUUGGUACUGGAGGAAACCCGCUUCUAGGAGAACAAGCUGCAGAAGAAUCAAAGGAAGCAAUUGCUAAUGCUCUUAAAGGAUCAGACCUUGUUUUCAUAACUGCUGGUAUGGGUGGUGGCACAGGCUCUGGUGCUGCACCUGUCGUUGCUCAGAUAUCCAAAGACGCCGGUUACUUGACUGUUGGUGUUGUUACUUAUCCGUUUAGCUUCGAAGGGCGUAAAAGAUCUUUGCAGGCAUUGGAAGCUAUUGAAAAGCUGCAGAAGAAUGUUGAUACUCUUAUCGUGAUUCCGAAUGAUCGUCUCCUGGAUAUUGCUGAUGAACAGACACCUCUUCAGGACGCUUUUCUUCUCGCGGAUGAUGUUUUACGCCAAGGAGUACAAGGCAUCUCGGAUAUUAUUACUAUACCUGGACUGGUGAAUGUAGAUUUUGCGGAUGUGAAGGCGGUUAUGAAAGAUUCAGGAACAGCAAUGCUCGGGGUAGGUGUUUCUUCCAGCAAGAACCGAGCAGAAGAAGCAGCUGAGCAAGCCACUUUGGCUCCAUUGAUUGGAUCAUCCAUACAAUCAGCUACUGGCGUCGUCUACAACAUCACCGGUGGAAGAGACAUUACAUUGCAGGAAGUGAACCGAGUGUCUCAGGUGGUGACAAGUUUGGCAGACCCAUCGGCGAACAUCAUAUUUGGAGCUGUUGUGGAUGAUCGAUACACCGGAGAGAUUCAUGUGACGAUCAUCGCCACUGGAUUUUCGCAGUCAUUCCAGAAGACACUUCUGACUGAUCCAAGAGCAGCGAAACUCCUCGACAAAAUGGGAUCAUCAGGCCAACAAGAGAACAAAGGAAUGCCUAACCAGAAACAGUCUCCUGCAACUAUCUCCACCAAAUCAUCUUCUCCUCGUAGACUUUUCUUCUAG